AUGAAGAUCGAUUGGAACAAGGUAGACCAGCCUGAGAUCGUCUUUCAACGAUUCCCGAGCAGGAGAUCGCAAGUGUACGGAACGAAAGGGAUCGUUUCAUCUUCGCAGCCUCUUGCUACCGAGGCAGGUUUGGAGAUCCUCAGAAAGGGCGGUAAUGCUGCUGACGCCGCGGUCGCAACUUCUGCGGCACUCAACGUCACUGAACCAAGUUGCUGCGGCAUUGGCGGAGAUGCAUUCUGUCUGUUCUACGACGUCAAGACGAAGACUAUCAAGGCCUUGAAUGGCUCCGGACAUUCACCUGCUAAGCUCACCAUCGAUCAUAUUCGCAAGCGAGGCAUUACUGGGAACAACAUCCCGGUAACCGAUCUCAACUCGGUCACUGUUCCGGGUGCCGCUGCCGCAUGGGUAGACACUGUCAAGAAGUUUGGGAGCGGUAAGCUUUCUGUGGCGGAGGUCCUUGCACCUGCUAUCAGACUUGCGGAGGAAGGAGUUCCGGUGUCAGAAAUUCAUGCAUACAGUUGGAAGAGGUCAGAAGACCUGAUUAAGAACGCUUCUCCGAACGGAGAUGAGAUGCUUCUCAACGGCAAAGCGCCCUUGCUGGGACAAAUCGUUCAGCUCCCCAAUCUCGCGCAGACGUUCCGCGCGCUCGCGGAGCAAGGCAAGGAUGGAUUCUAUAAGGGGCGGGUUGCCGAAGCCAUUGUAGAUUUGAUCCAGAGCAUGGGCGGCGUGAUGGAACUCGAGGAUCUCUCCAAACACGAGACGUCAUUCGUCGAGCCCAUCAAGUACACAUUCAACAACGAGGUUACGGUGUACGAGUGCCCGCCCAACGGACAAGGUAUAACUGCUCUUCUCGCUCUUGGAAUCCUCGACAACAUGGAGGAACAAGGCAAGAUAGGAUCGCUACUGGAGAUGGAGCACAAUUCUGCCGAAUAUCUCCAUGCUCUUGUCGAAGCUCUACGGCUCGCAUUCGCUGAUAGCCAGUACUAUGUCACUGAUCCGGACACCGCUCACAUACCUGUCACAGAGCUCUUGAGCAAGGAAUAUCUGGCUUCGCGUGCCAAACUUUUUGAAUCCACCAAAUCCAAUGAUGUCGUCCAUGGAAACCCCGUGAACUCCUCCGACACAGUCUAUUUCUCUGUUGCCGAUCAAUGGGGAAAUGCGUGCAGUUACAUUCAGAGCAACUAUGCAGGAUUCGGAACUGGAGCUGUCCCGAAGGGCUGCGGUUUCACUCUGCAAAACCGAGGGUCCAACUUCAACCUCACUCCGGGUCACCCUAAUGCCCUGAAGGGAGGCAAGCGGCCCUACCACACAAUCAUCCCAGCCAUGGCCCUCCGAGGAGACGAACUGUUCCUGAGCUAUGGGGUCAUGGGCGGAUUCAUGCAGCCCCAAGGCCAUGUCCAGGUCCUGCUGAACUUGCUUCGUGGAUACACCGCCCAAGCCGCGCUGGACGCGCCGCGCUUCUGCAUCUCCGCCGGCAGCCCGGAGACGCAGAGUGGGCAAACUGGCACCGCGGGCGAUGUCAACAGCGAGGUGUACUUCGAGGAGGGUAUCCCCGAUGCUGUCCUCGAGCAGCUGAGAGCGAUGGGUCACGAUGCGCGUCGCGUUAGUGGAAUGAGUCGCGGGAUGCUGGGGCGUGGCCAGAUUAUCCAGCGCAUCGUGGAUCCGUCUGGUAGGACGGUGUGGGGGGCAGGUUCAGACCCACGCGCCGAUGGGCAUGCAGCGGCACAGAUCUAG